AUGAAUGCCUUAGAGUUAUCUGCCCAACGGAUGAAUGCAGAAAUCAGUGGGAAUAGAAACAUAAAUGCGGCUCAGGUAAGUGAAAAUAAGGGAGAAAAUCGUGGUCAGGGUCAAUGGACUGAUAAUCGUGACGCGGGUAGACGGGUCUGGAAAAUUGGUGAUAGGAAUAGAAAUGUGAGGCAUGCAGAGAAUGGAAAUCAACCAGAGGUUUCCACAAUUUUUAACCGAGGAAAUUUUGGAGGAAGAGGAACCGGUUGUGAAACAGGAUCUGGUGUUGCUAGUGGCAAUGACGCUAUGAAACCAUCUAAACUGCAAGAUCAUCUGAGAAGAUGCCACCCUGAUAAAACAGAGAAAGAUUUGAAAUACUUUCAAACACUCAAAGAUAAAUUUCAGAAGAGACCUACACUGGACAGAAUGUUCGCUUCGACGUCACAAAGAAAUGAUGAUGGUUUGCGGACGUCUUACAAUAUAUCGUUACUUAUAGCAAAAUCCAGAAAACCGCAUACUAUCGGAGAGAAGUUAAUUUUGCCAGCUGUUGAAGAGAAGAGAUCUACACUGGACAGAAUGUUCGCUUCGACGUCACAAAGAAAUGAUGAUGGUUUGCGGGCGUCUUACAAUAUCUCGUUACUUAUAGCAAAAUCCGGAAAACCGCAUACUAUCGGAGAGAAGUUAAUUUUGCCAGCCGUUGAAGAGGUUUUAAAAACUGUUUUACACAAACCUGCAUCUGAUAUCAUUAAAAGAAUUCCCUUAAGCAACAAUACUGUUGAAAGACGUAUUGAUGAAAUGAGUUCUGAUAUUGAAAGCUUCUUAUGUAAUUAUUGGCAAAUGACCCAUUUCUCUAUCCAACUGGACGAGUCAACUUUACCUGAUAAUGCAGCAUUAUUAUUGGCAUAUUCACUAGGAGGAUGGACUGUAGCAACUCGUGCUCGUGUGAAAAAUGUGGACAAGAGUAAAAAUCAAGAAGAAGAGAGAAGGAAGACGGAGAGGGACACGGACUCUUCGAAGGGAACUCGUGAGGACGAUACUGUCGUGGAAGUGAACUCAGGUCACGACUAUGAUGAAUCUGGCGGGUCCUCAACAGAGCCCACUUGGUCACAAUUGCAGGCUAAACAUGGUGAAGUGGCAUUGGGCAAGACUCCUAAUGGACGAUAG